CAUGAAAUUACUUCAUCAUGUACGACAAUAGGUCAUUGUUUACUUUAUAUAUACCAACCUCUUAUUGCAACUCUUUCCACUUUCUACAUCUUUGCUGUUCAGAUUUCUUGUAAUUUGCAGAAGAGUUGGAACUAUGUCAUUAACUGAUGAUCAAUCGGGCGAAAUCUCACCCCAGAGAAAGUCAGGCAGGGGAAAAAUUGAGAUCAAGCGGAUCGAGAGCACGACUAACCGUCAAGUAACUUUCUGUAAGCGUCGGAAUGGUCUGCUGAAGAAGGCCUAUGAAUUAUCAGUACUUUGUGAUGCUGAAAUUGCUCUGAUUGUCUUCUCUAAUCGUGGCCGCCUCUAUGAAUAUGCUAACAACAGUGUCAAGGGAACUAUAGAGAGGUACAAGAAGACCAGCUCCGAUACCCCUAAUACUGCUUCUGUUUCCGAAGCCAAUGCUCAGUAUUACCAGCAAGAGGCCUCAAAACUUCGUCGCGAUAUUUCAAAAAUACAGCAGGACAACAGGCACAUGAUGGGUGAGGCCUUGAGCUCUCUGCCUGUCAAAGAGCUCAGAAACCUGGAAACUAAACUUGAGAAAGGAAUCAGCAAAGUCCGCUCCAAAAAGAAUGAGCUAUUGUUUGCUGAUGAAGUCGAUUAUAUGCAGAAGAGGGAAACUGACUUGCAUAACAAUAACCAGUACCUUCGAGCAAAGAUAGCUGACAAUGAGAGAGCACAGCAGCAGAUGAACUUGAUGCCGGGGAGUUCAACUUAUGAAGUUGCCCAGCCUCAGUCCUUUGAUGGUCGCAACUUCAUCCAGCUCAACGGUCUUGAACCUACUAAUCAUUACUCUUGCCAGGACCAGACACCGUUACAACUUGUUUAAGCGUAUGAGCUAUAUAUGAAGCGUCUGCUUGCGGUUUCCACUGGUCUGGAUUUCAGAGAUAUAUGAAGUACCGAUCAGUUACUAGCUUGUGUAAGCUCUUGAAGUACUUAUAUAGCUGAUCCACGGUGUGAAUGUAGAGAGUGCAUAUAUACUCUCACAUGACUAUUUGUGUUUAAAUAUGCCAUUUGCUGUCUAUUGUGUAAUCAAGGCUUCUGUGUGUAUAAUUUAGCACAAGACUUUGUUGUUGAAUAUUAUGAAAGUCUCUGUAUAAGCUUGAUUAAAGUCUGGUCCGUUGUGUUUA